GUCGGCGUCUCUUCGCUCCUUGCCAACUUUUUUCCACCUUGGCUUUCUUCCAGUCACCACCGCUCGCUUUGCCUUUGCCCUCCGUCUCUCGCUCUUGAACCCGCAUUAGCCCGUCUCACUGCCCUGUUGCACUCCUGACCGGUACCUCCGCAACUGCUGGGCGGUUGUUCGCGUGCUCCUCGUCCAACUUGCCAACAAAAUGGCGGCGUCUACCACUUCUACCGCGAAGACGCUUCGCCCAGACAACCUGGAAAUCCGGCCGCCGUCGAGUACCACACACAAUGUCGACAGUGAGGGCCCAAUAUCACCACGGUCGUGGCGGCACCGAACCGUCACGUACCAAGUCCCCUCGAGGCGCCAGACUACCGGCAGCCUUGACGCCGAGGAUUACUUUGUCGGACCUCGCGACAUGUCGAAACACAGCAAAUGGCCAUAUUUUAUGCGAAUGCACGGUUCCGUCUUUCCGAAGAUGAUACUGCCGUUGAUUGUAGUCUCUAUCUGGGCCACUGCCAUUACCUGCAUUUCCCAAUUCGUCUACCCGCUGGUUGUCAGCAGUCUGCUUUUGACUGUUCUUGGUUUUGUCGUCGGUUUGGCCAUCUCCUUCCGAACAAGCACGGCCUAUGAGCGCUACACCGAAGGUCGCAAGUACUGGAGUCAGCUCAUGUUUAUCAGCCAGAACCUGGCGAGGACUAUCUGGAUCCACGCCGCAGAGCGUGAAGGCGACCUUGGCAAGGAGGAUUUGCUGAAUAAGCUUUCUGCCAUCAACUUGCUCAAUGCAUUUGCCUGCUCCGUCAAGCACCGGCUUCGAUUCGAGCCCGGUAUCGACUACCCCGAUCUCCGCGAACGUGUUGAGUACCUCGACACUUUUGCCCGUGCUGCCGAAGUUGAUAUCCCGCCCCCCUCGGACAAGAAGAAGAUCAAGGCCAUUGGAGAAUACCUUGGUGUUACAUUUGCCGAGUCCAACCCCCGCAAGAGGAUCAAGCGCUCCAAGAAGCCCCUUGGUAACUUGUCGCUUGAAAUCCUCAACCACCUCGCCGCCUACGUCCACAGCAUCAUCGACAAUGAAACCCUCAAGGUUGGAUUGUACCAGAACCAGGCCAUUACCAGCAUUGUCCAGCUCAACGAAGUCCUCACUGGUAUGGACCGUGUUCUGCAAACUCCUCUCCCCAUUGCCUAUUCGAUUGCCAUUUCCCAAAUCACAUGGGUCUACGUCAUGAUGUUGCCCUUCCAACUUUGGGAUAACCUCCGCUGGAUCACGAUUCCCGGCUGUAUUUUCGCCGCCUACAUCAUCAUCGGACUCUCCGCCAUUGGCCGCGAAAUCGAAAACCCCUUUGGCCACGACGUCAACGACCUGCCGCUCGAAGCCUACUGCGAAGAGCUCGAAAUGGACAUUGACUACAUCACCUCGCAGCCGCCGCCCGUCGCCGCCGAAUACAUGCGCCGCGAGGGAAACAGGCCCAUUUGGCCCCUCAGCCAGAAGAACUACAAUAGCUGGAAGGGCCGCUCCAAGCAGGAUAUCCGCGAUGCCCUCAUGACUAAGACCAAGGCGGAUAUGGCCGUCAGAAAGAGCUUUGCGGUUGCACGGGAGAGUGAAAGCGAAGAAAAGGAAAAUGGCGUCUCGUCGCAGCAGCAGCAACAUCCACAUGAGUAGAAGAAAAAAAGUCCGGGGGGCAUAGUCGUCAUCGUGGCCUCUUAGCGUUUACUGCAUAAGAAAAAGUGCUUUUUGUGUCUGUUCUGUUCUGUUCUGUUCUGUUCGUUUUUUUCCUGACUUGCUUUUUUUUAGAGCGGUUGGCGCUGAAUAGGAGUUUCUGCUCUUUUCUUUUCCGAGACCGUUUUGACGUCGUUUUUUUUUCUCUCUUGGUAUAUGAAUGCAUUGUAAUAGCGCCAAUUGACAGCUCUGAGGCCUGGAUGGGAUGUGUGGAUGUGUGGAUGUCGAUGUAUGGGUCGUAAGAUGAGAGUAUGUACCCAGUACGCAGUCUGUAUGUAUGUAUGUAUAUAUGGAAAACAG